UGGUUGGAUUCCCCCCCUCCCUGCCUUACAGCACCUCGCAGGUCCCCUUUCUGAGAGUGCUACACUGCUUGAGUGAAUAGAAAGAAACAUACAGAUCAGCUGCAGGUUUUCUAGCUACAAAAAAAAAAAACAUUCAGAGGGAAAGAGACAGAAAAGAGCUGGAAACGAGAGAGAGAAAUAUUGCUUGGUCUUAACAGAAAGACAGUCAGCGGCUGAAUAACAGAAAAAAACCCUGUUCAUGUUUUGGGAUAUCAUUCUUUCAACUGGCUGGAACCAGAGUGGAUCAAAAGAAUGGGAAAUGCCAGCAAGCCCUUUAGAAGAACUGCUUCUUUGCUAUGCCUUUUCUCCGUACUGUUGCUGAUUGAAGAGAGCAAAACAGGAAAGACAACAUGUCCUGCUUGGUGUAUUUGUACCAAAGAUAACGCUUUAUGUGAAAAUGCCAGAUCUAUUCCACGCAGCGUUUCACCUGACGUUACCUCACUUUCCUUUGUGAGAUCGGCUUUUACUAAAAUCCCAGAAAGGAGUUUUGUCUUUUCACCAUCUCUGCAACUUCUAUUAUUUACAGCAAAUACUUUUGAUGUAAUUAGUGGCGAUGCCUUCAUGGGCCUUCCUCACCUAGAAUAUUUGUUUAUAGAGAACAACAACAUCAAGUCACUUUCAAACACCUCUUUCCGAGGACUGAAAUCUUUAAUUCACCUGAGUCUUGCCAACAAUAAUCUCCAAACACUCCCAAAAGACAUAUUCAAAGGCUUGGAUUCUUUAACAAACGUGGACCUUAGAGGAAAUGCAUUCAAAUGUGAUUGCAAAUUGAAAUGGUUAGUGGCGUGGGUGAGCAGAACAAAUGCAACAGUAGAGGACAUUUAUUGUGAAAGUCCUGCAGAGUAUAAGAAACGCAAGAUCAACAACCUCUCUCCCAUUGAAUUUGAUUGCAUUAUUACAGAAUUUGUUGUAUUUCGAAAGCUGCCAUAUCAGUCUCUGUCAGUGGACACUUUCUCAUUCAACAAUGAUGAAUACGUGGUUAUUUCCCAGCCUUUUACUGGAAAAUGUAUCUUCCUUCAAUGGGACCAUGUGGAAGGGACUUUUAGGAAUUUUGACAACAUUACAGGGACUUCAGUGGUUGUAUGCAAGCCUGUCAUUGUUGAGACAAACCUGUACAUCAUAGUUGCCCAACUCUUUGGCGGCUCCCAUAUAUACAAAAGAGAUAUUAAUGCAAAUAAAUUUACCAAACUUCAGGACAUUGAGAUUCUCAAAAUCAGAAAGCCCAAUGACAUUGAAACAUUCACAAUGGCAAAAGAAUGGUACUUUGCGGUUGCAGACAGUUCAAAAGCUGGAAUCACCACUGUUUACAAAUGGAAUGGAAUUGGAUUUUAUUCUGAUCAGUCUUUGCAUGAGUGGUACAGAGAUACUGAUGUGGAGUACCUUGAAAUAGCUGGCAAGCCUCACUUGAUCCUAUCAAGUAGUUCUCAGCACCCUGUCAUAUAUCAGUGGAACAAAGGAACAAACAAAUUUGUUGACCCUAUUGAAAUUCCAGAUAUGGAGGAUGUUUAUGCUGUAAAGCACUUCACAGUGAAAGAGGAUAUUUAUGUUUGUCUCACCAGAUUCAUUGGUGAUUCCAAAGUAAUGAAAUGGGGAGGUUCAAAAUUUCUGGAUUUACAAAGGAUGCCAUCAAGGGGGUCAAUGGUAUUCCAGCCUCUUCAGAUAAAGAAUUAUCAAUAUGCUAUUCUUGGAAGUGAUUAUUCUUUUACUCAGGUCUAUUUCUGGGAGGCAGAAAAAGCCAAAUUUGUGAAGUUUCAGGAAUUAAAUAUACAAGCACCAAGAUCUUUCACACAUGUUUUUGUCGACAAACAAGAUUUUCUCUUUGCAUCAAGCUUUAAAGGAAAUACAGUGAUUUAUAAACAUAUCAUAGUUGACUUAAGUGCGUGACACGCACACAAGUUUUGGAAUCUGUUGUGAGGCUUCCUCCAUUGAUAACAAGGACCUAAUGAACUAAAUGCAUGAUGAUGAUUGUCUUUACUACCAGUCUGCUGAAUGUCUUUAACAAUGCAGAUUGCUAGAAUAAAGUACUACAAAUCUCUUCACCCAUAAAUGUCACAUCUAGUGCUGUUGGGAACUGCAUUUUUUUUAAAAAAAGAAAGACAAAUUAAGUUAUUAAUUAGUUAUUGUUUGCAUUCAGAAUGGGUUGGAUCAAAACUUAAUAGAGCUUAGAGUUGAUUCAUUGAUAUCAAUGGUGCUUAAGAAAGUGAUGAUUAACUCAAGUCCCAUUGAUUUCAAUGGGUCUAGUCUAAACAUGACUAAGUCUGGAUCCCAUGCUCUGUAAAUAUGUAGUGAAACUCCAUUUUAU